CCGGGCUCGCCCCGCAGCAGCCCCAUGGCGGCGCAGGAGCCGCCGCGGCCGCCGCCGGCCGGGGCCGAGCCCCCGGAGCCGGAGCCCGGCGGGCGGUACGAGGCCGUGGUGCCGCACUGGUUCUACUGCAAGGUCACGGACACGCGGGAGCGCUGGGUGCCGUUCAGCGCGCAGGACUCGGAGCGGCUGGAGGCCGCGCACGGCGCAGGGAAGGAGCAGGAGGGCGUGGUGGUCCCCACCUCGGGGGGCAGGUACGACGUGCACCUGCGGGCGCGGCAGCGCGUGGCCGUGUACUGGGAGGAGGAGGCGGCCGAAGUGCGGCGCUGCACCUGGUUCUACAAGGGGGACAAGGACAAUAAGUUCAUUCCCUACUCGGAGUCCUUCAGUGAGGAACUGGAGGAAGCUUACAUGAUUGCCGUGACCCUGGGUGAGUGGAAGAAGAAGCUGGAGUCCCCCAACAGAGAAGUCAUUAUCCUGCACAACCCAAAGCUGAUGGUUCACUACCAUCCCGUUGCCAGCUCCGACGACUGGGUCUCCACCCCCACGGAACAAGGCCGGCCCCGGACUGUGAAGAGAGGAGUGGACAACAUCGCAGUGGAGAUCCCCAGCGGAGAGCCGCUGCAGAUCGACCACCUGGUGUUCGUGGUGCACGGCAUCGGCCCCGCCUGCGACAUCCGCUUCCGCAGCAUCGUGCAGUGCGUGAAUGAUUUCAGGAACGUCUCGCUCAGCAUGCUGCAAGCACACUUCAGGAAGGCCCAGGAGCAGCAGCAGGUCGGGCGGGUGGAGUUCCUGCCUGUGAACUGGCACAGCUCCCUGCACUCCACGGGCGUGGACGUUGACCUGGAGCGGAUCACGCUGCCCAGCAUCAACCGCCUGCGUCACUUCAUCAACGACACCAUCCUGGACGUGUUCUUCUACAACAGCUCCACCUAUUGCCAGACCAUCGUGGACACGGUGGCCUCGGAGAUGAACCGCCUGCACCGGCUCUUCCUGCAGCGCAACCCGCACUUCAGGGGCGGGGUGUCCAUCGCGGGGCACAGCCUGGGGUCACUCAUUUUGUUUGAUCUCCUGACGAACCAGAAGGCUGAUCCCGAGGAGGACGAGCACUGUGCACAGGGGUCCAGGACAACCUCAGGCACGGGGGGUAUUGAGGAAGUAAAAGAAAUCCUGAAGAUGCUGGAGCUGUCUGAGUAUUGUGAUGUUUUUGAGAAGGAGAAAAUGGACAGGCAGGCACUGUUCUUGUGCACAGAGAAAAACCUGAAAGAAAUGGGAAUUCCUUUAGGGCCAAGAAUGAAAAUACUCCAUUACAUCAGCUCCGAGACAGAGAUGAAGGAUCGGAGCUCAGCAGCUCCUGGGCACGGUGAACGUGGAGCUGGGCCAGGGUCCCCGUCCCAGCACGGGGACAGCUCCCAGGAUGGCAGGAGCUGCCAGUACCGCGACGUUGGCUUGGGACAGGUCUCGGCAAACUACCCCCAGCUGAACUACAAGCCCACCAUCUUCUUUGCCUUUGGCUCUCCCAUCGGGAUGUUCCUCACGGUGCGAGGAGUGAAGCGGAUCGACCCAAACUACAGCCUGCCCACCUGCAAAGGCUUCUUCAACAUCUUCCACCCCUUUGACCCGGUGGCGUAUCGGAUCGAGCCCAUGAUCGUCCCGGAGCUGGAGUUCGAGCCCAUGCUGCUGCCCCACCACAAGGGCAGGAAGAGGAUGCACCUGGAGCUGAAGGAAGGGCUGACUCGCAUGAGCGUGGACCUGAAGAACAACCUGCUGGGCUCCCUGCGGGUGGCCUGGCAGUCCUUCACCCGCGCCCCCGUGCCGGCCCUGGAGGCAGGGAGCUCCGAGGCCGAGGCAGAGGCUGGCCCUGAGAAGCAGCCAGACACAAAGCCAGAGGAGCCUGUGGCAGCAGUGAAGGAGGAGACCCCCCCCAUCAACGUGGGGAGGCUGAACGGAGGGAACCGCAUCGACUACGUGCUGCAGGAGAAGCCAAUAGAGAGCUUCAACGAGUAUUUGUUUGCACUCCAGGGGCAUCUCUGCUACUGGGAGUCAGAGGACACUGUUCUGCUGGUUCUGAAGGAGAUCUACCAGACACAAGGCAUCACACUGGAUCAGCCUUUACCAGGAAGCCAGUGACCCACCUGUGCUGUUCUGGCUGUCCAGUCCCACAGAGUACUCACCAGGAAAGUCCAGAUCUCUUCUCUGCCUUCCUCUCUCCUCUGCUGCCGUGUCCUGCAUGCUGCUUCCCAAGUACUUGCUGCUGCCUGGAGAUAAAGAUGGA